UUCAUUCAUUCAUUAAAAUAUUUUCUUUUUGUCUUGACUACCUGAAACCAUUCCACUUAUACUAUAUUUAGUGUUUACAGGUCAAUUUUAAAUUUUAUUGAGAAAUUAAGGCUCCAAAGCACCCAAGGCCAUUCAAAAGCACAAAGCAGGUAAAAGUAGAAGAGUGUUUCAACAGGCCAUUGGCAUGCAUUUGUGGACUUAAUACACAAGAGUUUGCAAUUCUGCUGGGGUAUGAAUUUUUAUUGUAAGGCUAGAGUGGGAUGGGAAAUGGGAGGUAGAAAUAACUGUCUAGAUGAUGAAAGCAGGGAAACCACAUCUCCACUCAGCUUUGCAGUUCUCUUCACAGUUGUUUAUGUAUCACCUAUCUCAUCAGUUGACAAAAAGUUUCUUUAAAAGUUCAUGAAAUGAAAGAUAAGCUUCAAACUGAAAUAGUGAGUGAAUUUAAGUGUGUAAGGCUAUACACAAGAAACAGGGGCUCUCAAUUGAAAUGUUAUAUGGGAGAAAGCCAGGAGUCUGUUAAGCAUUUCUAUAUUCAGAAAAUUCUAUAAUAUACUACCCAAAAAUGUUAAGAGUCUACUUUUGCAACCCCCAAAAGCAUUACCACUACUGAUGGAAUACCAGAGUGUGUUUAGUAAGAGAGGCCACAUCAGCAACAAACACUGCACACUGUGUCAGAAAACAAGCACAACUUGGUAACACAGAAAGAGCUUCCUAGUUCUUGUCUUCAGAAAAGUUACAUAUAUACAUUUUUUAAAAAGCAAAUGAUGGCAUGUUAUUAAAAAAUAAAACAAUAUAAACACAUGCCAAAUUUCAGAUUCCUAAUCAACUACUGAAAGAGACGAAAAAGUCCUAUCUUCCAAGAAUCAGAGUCCUUGAAAAAAUUGAAUUUGAAAACAUUUUCCGAGAUGGUGCCAAGUGAGAAAGGAAUGGUGAUGAGCAAUUAAUCCUCUUCUCUCUUGUCCAACAGACUGAAAGAGAUCUGUGACGCAAGGGCCCAUGACUUAAUCAAAUAUGCAUCCUAGGUGCCUAGUAAAGUGCCCACCACAAUGCACACAGCUGGUGUUUCAUACACAUUUUGUUGGCUGAAUUAGUUAAGCACAUAUUAAAUGCUUAGUUCUUUGUUGUUGGUCAACAAAAGAUAAAAUUGAGUCCCCCAAAAAUGAAUAUUAAAAAUCGAUUUGGAGAGUCAUAAUCUAUGUGUAAGAAGUGCAUCAAAUUCAGAAAAGUAAAAUACAAAGCCUAGUUUAUAACAAAGUGUUAAGUGUACAUGGUAAGUACAAAAGGAAAAGGUAGAAAAAGGAGAGUUUAUUGUGAGCUUGGCAUUGUUAUGGAAAGCUUCACGAAGAAGGAGGGAUCUGACGUGAGACAUAAAUCAACUGGAAAGCAGCCAAGCCAGGCGUUAUUAUUCAUCAUUCGGUGCUACUGCCUCAAGGCACAAUUGGCACAGAUUGUGGUAUUCCCUCUCCACCAUACCAAACUGGCCUGUGCUUUCCCCACGCGCACUCACUCAGACCACUCCUAUCAAACCCAAUCAAGGCAAAAUAGACACUAAAUCAAUUUCAUUUAUAUGAGUGUCUGCGCGUACACACGCAAGCAAGCGCGCAACUUUGCCUAUUAUUGCCCUUCAUCAAACUCGGAAACAAAACUGGGCGGGCAGAGAACUAGAGGAGUGGCUGGAGUGGGGAAGCGACUAGAACCUAGUUCCUCAAUUAGUUUUCGUAACAGAAAAAUAAAGAUGAGGACACAUCCUUCGGUCUCCAGCGGCAGGCGACACACCGAGACUCCCCUCACCUCCUGACGCCGGGGUUCUCCGGCACUCCCGGCUGACUGCCCUUCGCAAAGAAACCGCCGCUCCUAAGCCUGCCAGCCAGCAGCCGCGCGACACCCCGGCGCCGACCGAGCCCGGGUCCGAGCGACGCCUCCUGCCGGCCGCGGCGGUCUGCUCAGCUCCUGGUCCCGGGCCGCGCCAACUCCGCGCAGCGCAGCUGAGGCGCCGCCCGGCUCUGCAAUUCCGGGUGUUCCCGGGCGUCCCCGCCCCUGCCUUCCCCUCAGCAGGCGUCGGGGCGCCCCUCAACCCCUGUCCAGCCUCCUCCUGACCAACGACUCGCCCCGGCUUCCCUGCAUCCCAGAAGCCACUCGCGGCACCUUUCCCUUUAAUUCUUCUUUACCUCCUCAGCCCACCUCCCAAGGAGGUCCAACGGGUCUUGAGGGCUCGCAAAACUGAGCCGCGAAGCGCGGGGGAAACGCGGCUGACGCUUCCCGCGGCGGCUGGGAGGAAGGCGAAGACUUGUGCGCUUUCAAAGUUAACGUGAAAAUAGCUUCCAAACUUCUGGGCUGCAGCCCGAAACGCGGGGUAGCGGGAAGGCUCCCGCAGCCGCUGUGCCCUCCCCUCGGGUCUGGAAAGGACUCCUCAGCGUCUCAGAGCACCCGGGGUCGGCCCGCGGGAAAGGCCACAUAGACGCACCCCCGCCCUGACGAACUGGGAAGGGGCAGGCGCCGGCGACCCCAACUAAAUCCUCCAGCGUCUCGGUCUGAUGUAUACACCUGCCAGAGGCUCCAAGUGCCUAAUAAGUGUAAACCAAUUCCAUCCUGAUGCUGACAGGAUCCGAGUGAAUUCGGUACAAAGGGCAGUCUCAAAAUCAAUCACCCCGAUCCGCGACAGCCCAGCACACUCCUGGCGAGGGGCCGGGGCCGCGAGGCCGGCGCUCGCAUUCCCCGCUAGCGUCCCUCAGCCCCUCAGUGCCCACCCGGAGCCCUUUACCUGAACAAGAGUCUGAGAGAACGGACGACUGGAGCCGAGUCGAAAGCAGCGUCCGCGCCAGGGGUCAGCGCCGAGGGCGGGAGCCGGCGUCUAGGGAUCACAGAGCGGCGACGCGGCGAGCCGCGCACGGGCCAUUCCGCCGCCGCGAACGCAGAAAGCCUCGACCGCGCUCUGAGUCCAGCCAGCUCGCCUGUCACCUCGAUCUCUGCUUUUAGGGCUUCCGGUCGCCGCCUCCCGACGGCCCCGUCGCGGAGGCGGAGCCUGGGCGGUCGGAGGGGGAUGGGGUGGGCUGAGGAGGCCGGGCGCUCAGUGGGUGCCGGGAAGAAGACCCGCCCCCUGCACGCGCGUGCGCGCUCGUUCGAGGAGAGGUUCGCUGGCUGUGUGGUGGACCUAUGCUCCCGCGAGGGGGCGUGUCCUUUUUCUGGCCGGCAGGGUCCCUGCGGGUCCGCGUCUACACGCGGCUGUGAGGAAGGAAAACGCGUGCUGCGUGGGGCGGGCUCCACCUGCCUGCGGACAGAUAGAGGGUCACUUUGUUCCGAGGAGACUCAGGCACUCGAGGGAGGAUGUGAAACGGAACAACCCGUUUCGGUGCGGUUGGCUUUGUUUACUUGCCUCCUCCCCAGACGCCUCCAGCCCUUGAGGCCGGCGCACCCUGUGAGGAAGCAAAAGGCCGCCUCCGCCGCCGCCGCCACCAGACGAGGUAGCCUGUCCCGCGGGGGACAGGCCGGACGGGCUGCUCACCUGCAGGGGCCGGCUGUUUCGUGGGCCUCAUACGCCACCUUGCAGAAGGGAAACCUAGCUCCGAGGUUUUGACGUUAGAAGCGCAUUUACUUGUGUUUUAAAGCCCACAAACGCCUUAGUGACUAAUUUAUUCUUUCAGCAAAUGUCUGUCAGAGCGCCUAUUACGUGCCAGGCAUGUAGCCUUGACUUCAUUUUUGUCCUCGUGGAGCUUGCAGAGCACCGUGUACUCACCUCUGAAAUACACACCACGUACGGAAUGGCCAUAUUUUCUGGGCUGUAAAAUACUUUGAAUUGUGACUCCAUAUAUUGAAUCGAUUUUCAGUGGUGAGAGAAGAAACAAUACAUUGAGUUCUUAUAAUUCAUAUAUAUGAAAAAAAGUGCUGGUAAUUCCAGACAUGGAAGUCAGUAAAACUAGGAGCUAAGAGGUAAAAAUCAUAGACGUUAUGAUUCUAAGCCUUUGUUAAACUGUUCUAAACCAGACUAGGUAAGCACACCAGCAAAGAAUAGAUUAAGGGUGUUACCUUUCAGCAGCAGCUUAUUUCAGAUUGCAUCAAGGCAGGGCCAUUAAACUACAGUGAGAAUAUAUGGGCGGACUUCAGAGGACAAUAGGUAAAAGAUGAAAAUCUUUACUUUUAAAAUCUUAUUGAGACAAGAUCUUGGUCUGUGUCUACUCGUACAUGGAUUGCCUAGAAGCUAAUAUUUGAGUUUACCAUAUUACUGUUCGCUUUCUGUUUUUCUCGUUGUUCUGUUUCUUUACUGUCCUUUUAAUAGAUUAUUUUUAAUUCCACUCUUUUCCAACAAUUAGGUUAUUUGUUAUACAUUCUUUAUACUUUUAGUAGUAUUUCAGUUGUUUAUUGCUAUGUUCAAACCACCCCCAAGAUACAAUGACUUAAAACAA